AUGACCGUCAGAGAUGCUUUGAAUUUGGCACUCGAAGAAGAAUUUAUCCGUGAUGAUCGCGUUUUCCUAAUUGGUGAAGAAGUUGCACAGUAUAAUGGUGCAUACAAGGUUUCCAAAGGUCUCCUAGAUAAAUUCGGUCCGAAACGUGUGAUUGAUACUCCCAUAACAGAAGCGGGUUUUGCCGGUUUGGCUGUUGGCGCAGCAUUAUCUGGUCUGAGACCAAUUUGCGAAUUCAUGACAUUCAAUUUCUCAAUGCAAGCUAUCGAUCAUUUGGUCAAUUCGGCUGCCAAAGUUUGUUAUAUGUCCGGUGGCACCGUAGAAUGUCCAAUAGUUUUUAGGGGUCCUAACGGAUACGCAAUAGGCGUAGCUGCUCAGCAUUCUCAAGAUUACGCUGCGUGGUAUGGUGCUAUUCCAGGUUUAAAGGUUGUUUCUCCAUGGGACAGCGAAGAUGCUAAAGGACUAUUAAAGGCUGCUAUUAGAGAUCCUAAUCCGGUUGUCGUAUUAGAGAACGAACUUCAAUAUGGUGUACCAUUUUCCGUUUCGGAGGAAUUCAUGUCACCUGAUUUUCUAUUGCCAAUCGGUAAAGCAAAAGUUAUAAGGGAAGGAAAGGAUGCAGAAGAGGGAAUUUCAGUUGAGAUAAUUAAUCUAAGGUCUAUCAGACCAUUAGACGUUGACACGAUUGUUAAUUCGGUCAAGAAAACAAAUCAUUUAGUAUCUGCGGAAUCCGGAUUUCCGCACUUUGGCGUUGGUAGCGAGAUUUGUGCUUUGGCAAUGGAAACUGAAAUAUUUGACAACUUAGAUGCUCCAGUAGAAAGGGUGACGAGUGCUGAUGUUCCCAUACCAUAUGCGGAAAACUUGGAAUCUUUAACCUUUCCAAACUCUGAAGUUAUAGCAAAGGCCAUUAAGCGUAGUCUAUACAGCAAAGGUAGUUAA